AUGAGAGGUGACCUCACCAAUCGCAACCCAAACAAAUACUGUCACUUCCACUAUGACAUAGGCCAUGAUACAAAGAGUUGCAGAAAUUUAAAGGAUGAGAUCAAGGAACUGAUCCAUUGCGGCUAUCUGAAGCAAUUCAUCAAGCGCGACGACCGAAGCCGAAUCGCAGACCAGCCAAGAGAAGUGUCAGAGUUUAGCAACCAAGAUCAGGAUCAUCCACCUCAGGAUCCACUACCACCAGAGAGGCCUAUUCAUGGAGUGAUCAACAUGAUCACCAGAGGAUUGAUUGUGGUAGGAUGUACCAGCACGGCGGAGAGAAACUCAAUUCGAGAGCUUGAGCACGAGGAUGAGAACCCGUCGAAGCGCCAUUGCAUGGAGGAAGCCAUAUACUUCACCAAGGAUGACACUCGGGGGAUCCAAUAUCCGCACAAUGACACCCUCAUUGUCAAGAUGGUGAUCAACGAGUUCGAGGUAAAGCAGAUUUUGGUCGACUCCAGGAGCUCAGCUGAUAUCAUUUUCAUGGGGUCUUUCGAAAAGAUGCGCUAG